AUGCUCCAUCUUCUUGGAGUCAAUUUACCUGAAAAUAAAUUAGUCAGAAUUGCAUUAACAUACUUUUAUGGAAUUGGUGAUAUAACAGCUAAUAAAAUAUGUAGUAAAUUUUCCAUUCAUAAAGCAUGUAAAUUAUCAGAAUUAUCGGAAUCACAGAUAAAUCAAAUAUCUUUAGAAUUAUCAAACAUGAAAAUUGAGAGUGAUUUGAGACGCGAAACAAGGAAUAAUAUUAUACAUCAUAGAACCAUUGGUUCUUAUAAAGGUAAAAGACAUGCUAUGGGUUAUCCUGUUAGAGGUCAACGUACUAGAACAAAUGCACGAACUGCCAGAAAAUUAAAUGGCAGAUGGUUAAAGAAAGAAUAUAGCACGUAA